AUGGAUGGAGUUCCGGAUCUAAGCGCCCUGUUAAAAGGGAAGUUGCAACUGCUCUCGAAGAAAUCGACUACAGUCGAUCCUCAGGGACCAUCUAACUCCGGAGUCAACGUCACUUCUGAAGGUGGUGGAACCUCCCGAGAAGGGGCCUCUAAAGAAGGAGUCUCCAGAGAGGAGGGCCCUAUUGCAAUCGAUCAAGGGGGCAGAGCAGAGACUUCUGCUUCAGGUCCCAAGAAGAAGAAAAAGAGCAAAAAGACUAAGGUGGGAGCGACCGACGAGGCUCCUCCCAAAGAGUCUGCUUCCCUCGAUGCGACUUCCGAGGGUUCGAAGGCCAAAAAGAAGAAGGAUGGGAGGAAAAGGUCUCGUGGCGGGGCAGCUUCCUCUGUCGAUAGAGGUGAGGGCCUAGCAGAAGGGAAAGAGGCUGUUUUAGUCGGGGCGGCGCCAGAUGGUCACCCGAAGAAGAGAAAUAAGAGGUCUGUUGAGGCAGAGCCCCGUCCUUCUACCUCCGACGCGAAUGCUGCUGAUGCGACCUUAGUCGACGCUGUUGGGGAGGCCAGCGGCACUCCUGAAAACCUGUCGGAGGAAAGGACGAAAACCAGCUCGCGAGAAGGAGGUUCUGGUGGUGAGCCCGAGAGGUCUGCUCCAGACUCUUCUGCGAGAAAAAGAUCUGGGUCUGAAGGUUCCGCAGCGAAGAGAAGGAGGAUCGAAUUCCCUGAUCGCGUCGAGUUUUCCUACGACGAGACAACUCCCCUAAUCUUUAAUCCCCUUAGGUGCGCGGAGCUGACGCGUCAAAUUCAUGGUGGGACGAAGGAGAUGCCGCAAUUGGAAGACCUUUACUUCAAGAAUGAAUACAUUGACGAUGUUUCCUCGAGAGCGCGGAGUGACGGGAGCAUGAACUUCCUUGUUGAGAAGUACGACAGUGCUCUGAAGCAGACGAUGAUCCAGUUGGGAUCUUUAGAGAAGCUUGCUCAGGCAAGGUUGAAGGCCAUCGAGAGAGUAAGAGCGGAACAUAAGAAGGCUAACGAGAAGGCUGCGAAGGAGAAAGAAAUUCUUCGAGUGAAGUUCAAAGAGCUGGAGGGUAAGCUCAAAUCCGCCAGCGCGGCGAAGAAAGAGCUUGCCCGAGAGAACACUCGUUUGGAGCAAGCGGCUGCGACCCUUGAGAAUGAGAAGACUGAGCUACUCGAAGAAAGGGACGCUGCAGUUGAGAAAUUGAUCGGAGAGAAGCAAAGCUUGAGAGACUCCCGGGGGUUGGAGAUUACUCGUGAGAGGGAAAGGGUCGAAGCUGCUAUGGUCGAGAAGAACCUGCACGGUCAAGCUUCGGGGACGAAGAAGUGCCUCGAGAUGAUAAAGGUAAGUGGGACGGAGAUCCCACAAGAAAUGAUCGACGUCUUUGCCGAGCAGGAGAAACUCUAUGAGGCGGAGGCUACGAAAUUUUGUGUAGGUCCGCUGUCUGAUAGCGACCUCACUCUUUCUCUGUUGGUUCUUCCUUCUCGUUUCGUCGAGGACAGGUUUAGAGCGUCGUUUGAUCCUUAUGGAUAG